UUGAAAGUUGCAAUUAGCAUCACCACAUGUUCUCUCUUUUACUAACAAAAGAAUGAAAGAUGAAACCAAUAAUUUUUUUUUGUAAGACUAGUGUCGAUGGACUCGGUCAACCAAAACUUCGGUCAAUUCUUCUAUAAAUUAAAACUUGCUUCUUGGUUAAUUUCCUCCACAAACAAGAAUCACUCUUUUCUUCACUUUUCAAACUUUUUCACCGUUAUCAUAAACCACACCCAAGAGACCAAAAAAAACAAGAAGUCGUUUAUUACUUAAUUACUACACAAAAGAAACUCACAUUAACAUUAAAAAUGACAAUGACCUUUAGGCUAUUGUCUCUCGCCGUCGCGGCUUUGGCGGUAACCGCCGUAUUCGCCGCCGAUCCUCCAUCACCUGCCGGCGCGCCGAAAUCUAAUGGCGAUAAGAGCUCAACCUCACCUUCCCCCGCUGCCAUGGGGUCACCAAAAUCAACCGCAUCAGCCCCAACCUCGCCGCCAACGGCUUCUGCUCCGACCACCGCCAAGAAGAACACCACCGCCACUCCCAGCGCUUCCCCAUCUUCAGGUCGUGCAAAGCCUUCUAAAUCUUCGUCGACCAAAUCCCCGGCUUCAAGCCCCGCCUCAAGCUCAGGCGAUAACUCCGAAGGUCCCACCAGCUCGUCCGAAGGACCCACUAGCUCAUCUGAAGGUCCCACCAGCUCGUCUGACUCACCCCCCACCUCGUCUCCACCAGGUCCAACACCAGACAUGUCUCCGUCGUCGUCCACGGACGAAGGAAAAGCCAGCGACGGCCCUGGAGCUUCAGCUCCGACGGGAAGAGCCUCGUCGAUUCAGAUCUCAGUCUCCGGAUCUGCUCUCGCCGCCGUUGCAUGGUUCUGCUUUGUAUGAUUGAAAGUUUCAUGUUAAGUUAAUUCUUUUGGUUACA